GGGGGUUGGGAAGCACUAAGUCGGGAGUGUGUGGCAUCAGGUUGUAUGUGAUGGUGUGGGUGUGUGAAGGUAGCAGGAUGGUUUAAAGGUGUGGCGGCUGCAGGUGCUUAGGUUUGUGUGUAAGGUGCGAAGGUGUACAUCUUGGGUCUUGAAAGUAUGAAGAUGAAAUUGUAGGAGGGCAUGUUAGGAAGGAUAACCACGUGUUUUGCAGAGCAGAUGAGGGGCGGAUAGGCUGCGGGGUGCUGGAGUGUGUCGGGCUGGGAGCCUGGAUGCUCUCGGUGGAUCAUGAUAUGCUAAACGGGUGGCGCCAGUUAAAGCCCUUGAAGUCUGAAGUCAAAGAGGAUCAUGGGGUCUGGGGCUGAGCUGCGCACUCUCUUAAGCGGACUCUUCCUCUUCCUGCGACUGCUGUCAGGCGAGGGGGCCAAGGGUGGAUCCCUCAAAGCGAGUCAGGGGGUCUGCGCCAAGCAGACACUGAUGGUCCCGCUCCGCUACAACGAAUCCUACAGCCAACCAGUGUACAAACCCUACCUGACCCUGUGUUCUGGGAGGCAGGUCUGCAGCACCUACAGGACCACGUACCGCGUGGCGUGGCGGGAGGUGAGGCGCGAGGUGCCGCAGACCCACACCACGUGCUGCCAGGGCUGGAAGAAGCGGCACCCGGGGGCGCUCACCUGUGAAGCCAUCUGCGCCAAGCCUUGCCGGAACGGAGGCAGCUGCGUCCGGCCCGGCCAGUGCGAGUGCGCCCCCGGCUGGGGAGGGAAGCACUGUCACGUGGAUGUGGACGAGUGCAGGGCCGGCGUCUCCCUCUGCUCGCACCGCUGUCACAACACGGCCGGCAGCUUCACCUGCGGCUGCCCUCACGGUCUGGUGCUGGGACCCGACGGUCGCACUUGCACGGAGGGGUCCCCGGAAGCCCCAACUAGUGCCAGUAUCCUCAGCGUGGCCGUUCGGGAGGCAGAACCUGAUGAGCGCGCCUUGAGGCGUGAGGUUCGUGAGCUUCGAGGGCGCCUGGAGCGACUGGAGCAGUGGGCCAGUCAGGCCGGGGCCUGGGUUCGGGCGGUGCUGCCCGUGCCGCCUGAAGAGCUGCAGCCAGAACAGGUGGCAGAGCUGUGGGGCCGAGGCGACAGAAUCGAAUCUCUCAGCGACCAGGUGCUGCUGCUGGAGGAGAGGCUGGGCGCCUGUUCCUGUGAAGACAACAGCCUGGGCCAAAGCCUCAAUCACUGAUAAGGAGCUCCGCAGCACCCUUGCCCCCUAAUUUAUACAGACACUGGACCCACUAAUCCUCUGGCAUUGGCCACCUGGGAGCCGCAGAUAAGGCUACAGCAGAGC